GACAAUGCGUCUGAUCAACGAACGACUCGUGCUCAUCGAACGUGCCUUCAUCAACCGGGAAGGACUAUUGGGAAAGAUAAACGUCCGGAACAUGGCAUUCGGUGCCGAUCCCGAGGACGCGUUCGCCGGCAAGGCGUUCGCCUUCCUGCACGAACAUGUGUACCACGCCCAAAGGCAGCGAGACGCGACUCAGGCCGCAAGAGCCUGGCAACAGGCUCACAUAGACCUGUCACGACUCGUGCUGGCGGUGCGCAUGUGCAACCAGCUGAUUCACCUGGCCAAUCCCAUUUGAGCGCCACCUUCCUGCCAGGAAAGCAAGGCGCGAGCACGGCGUCACGAGUGCUCGCUACAAUAAACUAUUUAACGCCAAA